UUACCGGCCGUCGCUCUUAUCUCUGUCACCGGCCGCUCCGUAGCCGUGCGAUUCAGCCAAAUCUAGACGCGUUGACCAAUGAAGUCUUCUCUCGUCAACCAAUCCACCGUCCGCCAGUCUUCGGCGUAUUUCGCUUCAUGACUUUGUCCAUGGUUGCCGCUUCUAUUUCCGUUGUCAGCAGCCGAACUUGAAUUGAAAUGCGAUGUCCGUUCAGAGAACCCUCAUUCUCAAUUCCUGAGGAGAAAAAGGGGUUCUUUCUUAGAAGUCGUCUCGUUGUUAUUGAAGCUUCAAAGACAGAGUUUUGCUGAAAACGAUGGUCAUUGGGAAUCUCCUUGACAUUCAUCCCACAGAACUGAAAUUCACAUUUGAAUUGAGGAGGCAAUCUUCGUGUUCUAUGCAACUCAGCAACAAGACGGACGAAUGCGUAGCUUUCAAGGUGAAAACGACCAAUCCGAAGAAGUACUGUGUUCGUCCGAACUCCGGUGUUGUCCCACCUGGGGUGACAUGCAAUUUCACUGUCACGAUGCAGGCCCCAAAAGAGGCACCUCCUGAUAUGCAAUGCAGGGACAAAUUCCUUAUUCAGAGUAUUGUUGCCCCAUAUGGUGCAACUAUGAAAGAGAUAACACCAGAAAUGUUUGACAAGGAGUAUGGGAAGACUUUGGAGGAGUUCAAAUUGCGGGUUGUCUAUAUUCCUGCAAAUCCUCCCUCUCCUAUCCCUGAAGAAUCUGAAGAAGGAUCUUCUCCAACAGCAUCUCCUCUUGAGGAUGGAAACAAGAGCACCUCAUUAUUUGAUGUAACAAGAUCUUUGGAAACAUCUAAGAAGUCUUUAGAGCAGACAUGGUCUAUUAUUUCAAAGCUGACCGAGGAGAAAGCUUUAGCGUUGCAACAGAGGCAGAAGUUAUCUCAGGAACUGGAUUUGCUGAGAAAAGAAGUUAGGGGGAAUCGUGUGAACAGCUGCUUCUUAUUGCUCUCCGCAUUGGCUUCAUUCUUCGAGAGCUUGCUUGACCUUCACAGUUUUUACAGCUUAGCAUGUACAUUUGUAGAAUCUUCAGGGAUCAAGAUUUGGGAACAUGAAAUGGUCGACAUAGAAACGGACUUCUUUGGAUCGCUUCCCCUUGGUUCUCCUAAAUCUUUCGAGUCUUUGCGCAUGAAUUCUUUUCCCCUAACUUAUGAGGAUAUCGCAUCGUGCCAUGUUGAACCGAAUCUGCCAAAGAGCAGAUGUUGACAGAUGAUAUUACUUUCAAUACGAAGGUGACCUAAGUUGUGAACAA